UCGCGGAGUUUUGACAGUACCCGAGCCGAAAUAGUCGGCGGCGCUCUCCGGAAAGUUGAGAGGAGCUCGUGGCCCUAGAACAAAGCUUGAGAAAAACCAUGGUGAAUCCGGGCAGCAGCUCGCAGCCGCCCCCGGUGACGGCCGGCUCCCUCUCCUGGAAGCGCUGCGCAGGCUGCGGGGGCAAGAUUGCAGACCGCUUUCUGCUCUAUGCCAUGGACAGCUACUGGCACAGCCGGUGCCUCAAGUGCUCCUGCUGCCAGGCUCAGCUGGGCGACAUCGGCACGUCCUGUUACACCAAGAGCGGCAUGAUCCUUUGCAGAAACGACUACAUUAGGUUAUUUGGGAAUAGCGGUGCUUGCAGUGCUUGUGGACAGUCAAUUCCUGCGAGCGAACUCGUCAUGAGGGCGCAAGGCAAUGUGUAUCAUCUUAAGUGUUUCACGUGCUCUACCUGCCGGAAUCGCCUGGUCCCAGGAGAUCGGUUUCACUACAUCAAUGGCAGUUUAUUCUGUGAACAUGAUAGACCUACAGCUCUCAUCAAUGGCCAUUUGAAUUCACUUCAGAGCAAUCCACUACUGCCAGACCAGAAGGUCUGCUAAAAGGUCAGAGUAAUGCAGAAUGCGUGCCUUCAUCUCAGAUUUUGUUCAUCACAGGUGGAUCCCAUGUGUCUUCAGUAGACAAGUCACCUUUGUAGCUAGCACCAGUGCCAGCUCCAUGCCAUUGCACCUUCUUUAGUCUUGAUUGCCCUUCUCGCAUUUAUUGGUGUAUUAAAAUGACUGAAUAUGAACAUUAAGGACUCCAUGAACCUGGGCUAAUGGGAGACUGUAGAGAAAAUGAAAAAAGAUCCACCAGAGGACAUCUUUGGGGGGGGAGGGAGCUUAGGGGGAGGGAAAUGACUAAUGAAGCUAAUUAAAAGCAUUCAAAUCUGCUUUCUACCCUCAUUAACAAUUAGCAGGGCACUGGCCAGAGUUUGUACCCUGUGUUUUACCUUAACAACAUUCUAUUUGCUCUUUGUAUAUUUAAGUGUUGUAAGGAAAUGUGUUUCAAUCAAAACUGAACAUGAGAUAAAGGAAAGAGAUGUGGCUUUUGUGAUAUUCUAUCACAAACACUUUUAUUGUAUCUCUGUAAAAUACAAUGUAUGUAUGCAUGUAAGUGUUUUUGUCCUAAAUGUUGCUAUUCCCAUGGCAAAGAUUAAAAAAAAAAAAAAAAUGAAAGAAAGAAAGAAAGAAAGAAAAGGAAAAGAAAAAAAAAAUCAGGCUCAUAGCAGCUACUGUGUAGAAAUUUCCCCCUACUUCUAAUUUGCUGAAUGAAGAAAAAAAAUCUUUUAUUUGUGAUAUUUUCAGAGACAUUUGCUCUAGUAUGGUGUAUUUAAAUAAUAAAAACUUAAAAGAAAAAAUACUCAA